AUGACCUUGAAUGUCCUUGAUUUUGAUCUGUUCACUCUUGGCGCACAGAAAAUGUUAAAUUAUCGCUACGUUUUUGCAACGGCCAUAGUAAUUUUCGGUGCUUCAUUUCAAUUUGGUUUUCAAACUGGAGUCAUUAACAGUCCCACACCUCUUAUCAAAGCCUUUAUUAUCGAAGUAUGCGAAAAGAGGUCUGGCAAUCUCCCUUCCACACAAUAUGUAGAUGCAAUGAGCAGCCUCGUCGUCGCUGGCUUUCCCGUAGGAGGAAUUUUUGGAGCUAUAUUUGGUGGUUCUGUUUCAAAUAAAAUGGGCCGAAAGCUAUCUCUUUUCAUCUUCAACGUUCCAAUGAUUGUGGGUUCUCUCCUAAUGAUGGCCUGUCAAGCAGCAGUAAGUUUUGAGAUGAUAAUAGUUGGACGUAUUCUUGUCGGUUUUGCUUGCGGUGCCUUUACGAGUAUUGCACCAGUCUACUUAUCUGAAAUCGCUCCAAUUAACAUCCGUGGAAUUUCCGGAAUAAUGCAUCAACUUGCGGUUGUUUGUGCAAUCCUCCUCUCACAGAUUUUUGGUCUUCGGGAAUUGAUGGGCACCCCAACAAUCUGGCCCUAUCUUCUUGGCCUCACACUCAUUCCUUCUGGUGUUCUACUCUUCUGCCUCUGGAUAUGUCCCGAUAGCCCUCGCUAUAUUCUUCUCCACAGUCAGAAUUUAGAAGGGGCUAAAUCAGCUCUUCGGUGGUUCCGUGGUCCGAAUUCGGAAAUUAUUGAUGCUGAAAUUGAAGAGUUACUGGCUGAACAGGAGGGACAUCAUGGUGAAGAAGUGAAUAAAUUUUCGUUUAAAGACCUCUUCCGAAGUAAAGCCUUGAAGACUGCUUUAUUUGUGGCUGUAGUAGCUCAUUUGGCACAACAAUUCUCUGGAAUUAAUGCUGCUCUCUUCUAUUCUACAUCAUUGUUUGAGGCAAUCGGACUUAAAACAGAAGCUGUUUACGCCACUCUCGGAGUUGGUUCAAUGAUGGUUUUCAUCACAAUUGUCUCCAUCUUUCUUAUUGAACGAGUUGGACGGCGAAUUCUUUUUAUCGGAGGUCUUGGAGUCAUGUUGUUCAGUGCUAUUAUCAUUACAAUUUCUCUUACACUUCGAACCCUGGCUCCUUGGCUUGUGUUUCUUGCUAUGACCUUCAUUUACAUAUUUGUUGGUGGCUUCGCUAUUGGAACAGGCUCUAUUCCAUGGUUCCUUGUUGCCGAGAUGUUUGUUCAGGAGACUCGUGAUCCUGCGGUUGUUAUCACUGUCAUUGUCAACUGGGUCGGUCAGAUCGUCAUUAGUCUUGGCUAUCCACCGCUUCUGAAAUAUCUGGAGGACUACUCCUUUGUGCCCUUUAUUGGUCUGUUGGCAAUCUUCAUUGGUCUCCUUUACUAUUUCCUUCCCGAGACGAAGGGCUUAACUCCACGCGAGGUCCAGGAUGAAUUUGUCAGAAUGACUGGCGGCGAUGAAGAAAUCGACAUGUCUCCCACUUCUCACUCUCGAUCCACUCCCAGUGCCAAUUCUACUCGUUAG